CUUGGAUCGAACUGAUUUAGAAACCAAGUACUGAGGAGAUGGGAAGAAUUUAACCGAACCGGGCCUUUUGGGGAAAGCGGAUUCAUUCUACAGCCAGAUAAAUUAUAUUUGAACUCGAGAAUCCCGUCGAAAGACCAGGACCGAGACGGGCAGUGGAUCCUCAGACCGGUUUUACUCCCCCCCCUCCUCUUCCUGGUCCGGACUGUUUUGUCCAGGGCCCGGGAACUGAUAUCAGUUUAUGUUUACGGUACACCAGUUGAGUCAGUGUCGUAGAACUGGUACCAGUUUGUUAAACGGCAACGCCAGUGACACAAUCGUCAUUGGACUGGUGCCAGGUAGGUUUAACCGGAAUACCAGUUAAAUCAGAAUCUGGGGACUGGUACCAAUUUGUUAAACGGCAACACCAGUUAAAUCAGCAUCUGUCUGGUCGUGGGUCGGGUUGUGUUCUGGGUCAUGCAGUUUGUGAAGUUGGUCAGAUAGUCAACGUUCAGGUUAAUGUUCAUCUUCAGCACGUUUCCACGUUCCCGACUGACGGUACCGGGCCGCCCGACGCGUUAAGAUGUCAGCCAGAACUCCUCUCCCGACUGUCAGCGAGCGGGACGCCGAGAAUGUGCCCACAUGUUUCAGAGCCUGCCCAUCAACGGGAUCAAUGAAUUGACAGCAGCAUCAGAGCGGGCAGCUGCUGGGUCUGUGUGGCAUUCAGCAGGCAGGACUCAGGAUGAGAAGCUUCCAUCACUUCACUCACACCUCCCACAGUGAAGGUCGUAAUGAUGUGGCCUCGCGCUUCACCCGGUCCGGGACUCGCUGCCGAAACUCCAUCACCUCCUGUAAUGACGAGCAUCCGCACAUCGGAAACUACCGCCUCCUCAAAACCAUCGGCAAGGGAAACUUUGCCAAAGUCAAACUGGCUCGGCACAUCCUGACUGGCAGAGAGGUGGCCAUUAAAAUCAUUGACAAGACCCAGCUGAACCCUACCAGCCUGCAGAAGCUCUUCAGGGAAGUCCGAAUUAUGAAAAUUUUGAAUCACCCCAACAUUGUCAAGCUGUUUGAGGUGAUUGAGACAGAGAAAACUCUGUACCUGGUCAUGGAGUAUGCUAGUGGAGGGGAGGUGUUUGACUACCUCGUAGCUCACGGGAGGAUGAAAGAGAAGGAGGCCAGAGCUAAAUUUAGACAGAUCGUGUCAGCCGUGCAGUAUUGUCACCAGAAACACAUAGUUCAUCGAGACCUUAAGGCGGAGAACCUGCUGCUCGAUGCCGACAUGAACAUAAAAAUCGCAGACUUUGGUUUCAGUAAUGAGUUCACCGUGGGUAGCAAAUUGGACACCUUCUGUGGUUCACCUCCCUACGCCGCCCCUGAACUGUUUCAGGGCAAGAAGUAUGACGGUCCUGAGGUGGAUGUCUGGAGUCUGGGGGUGAUCCUCUACACACUGGUCAGUGGCUCACUGCCUUUUGACGGACAAAACCUCAAGGACUUGAGGGAGCGUGUGUUGCGGGGUAAAUAUAGAAUUCCCUUCUACAUGUCUACUGACUGUGAGAACCUCCUCAAACGCUUCCUCGUUCUCAAUCCCAUGAAGAGAGGAACACUGGAGCAAAUCAUGAAGGAUCGAUGGAUCAAUGCUGGCUGUGAAGAUGAGGAGCUGAAGCCCUUCAUCCAACCAGAGCUUGACAUCAGUGAUCAGAAGAGGAUAGACACCAUGGUGGGGAUGGGUUACUCAAGAGAAGAAAUCCAAGACUCCCUCAGCAAAAUGAAAUAUGAUGACGUAACUGCCACCUAUUUGCUGCUGGGACGCAAGGCCACUGAGGCAGAGCUCAGUGAUUCUAGUUCCAGCAGUAAUGUUUCUCUGGUGAAGGUUCGUCCUGCCAGUCAGCACAGCAGCAAUCAGUCUCCUGCCCAUCUCAAGGUCCAGCGCUCCACUUCCUCCACCCACAAACAACGACGCUACAGCGACCAAGCUGGGCCAGUUCUCCCUGCAGGAGGUUACCCCAAGCGGAGUCAGACAAUGAUGGCGGCAGAUGGGGAGGUGAAGGAAGAAGUGGGAGCUCAAAACAGGAAGUCCAGUACAGUCGGGGGGAGGGGAGGUGCCCCUCCUAGCCCCGUGUUGGGUAGUGCGAACAACCCCAACAAGGCAGACAUCCCAGACCGCAAGAAGAGCUCCACCACAGCCAGUGGUGUGUCAGGAGGUAUGACCAGGAGGAAUACCUAUGUGUGUACUGAGAGGAGUGCAGCCGACCGUCACGCUGUCAUUCAGAAUGGCAAAGAGAACAGCACGGUCACCACAUCCACCCAAAAAACUGCAGAUGGAGCCUCCACCCACAGUGUCAGCAGUGGAGCCACGCCCCCAGACAGACUGCGUUUUCCGCGGGGGACGGCUAGUCGCAGCACUUUUCAUGGCGAUCAGCUCCGCGAACGCAGGACCGCUACCUACAAUGGCCCCCCCGCAUCCCCCACCCUCUCCCAUGAUGCCACACCCCUGUCCCAAUCCCGAAGUCGUGGCUCCACCAACCUCUUCACCAAACUCACCUCCAAACUUACCCGCAGAGCUGCUUCUGAGGUUGAGAAGAAUGGGAGACUGGAAGGUUCCAGUCAGAAGGUGACAGAGCAGGAGGAGGAGCCUGUCCCCUCAGCACCCGCCCACUUUAAGGAUAGUAAGCCUCGUUCUCUGCGCUUCACAUGGAGCAUGAAGACCACGUCGUCAAUGGAGCCUGUAGACAUGAUGAGGGAGAUUCGCAAGGUUCUGGAUGACAACAGUUGUGACUAUGAGCAGCGCGAGUACUUCCUGCUGCUCUGUGUCCAUGGUGACGGACAUGCUGAGAGCCUCGUCCAAUGGGAGAUGGAGGUUUGCAAGUUGCCCCGUCUCUCUCUUAAUGGCGUGCGCUUCAAGAGGAUCUCCGGGACGUCCAUUGCCUUCAAGAACAUCGCCUCCAAGAUUGCCAAUGAGCUCAAACUGUAGACAUAGAGACAAAUGAUAAGAGAUUAGUUAGAAUCUUAACAAGUAUGAGAAAACAGCAGAGCCUCUGACAACCUCACACCUACUGUAGAACCACAAGCAAAACCAGCUCCAGCUCCAGAAUAUUAUUCUGUAUUAUUAUAACUGUUAUUGUUCCCAUUCUUGUUCAUGUUUACCAUAAUGGAGACUGGAGUGUGGUGCUGGUAAGGGUUGUGAAGCCCUGCUACUAACUGUCCUACCUGCCCCAGAGUGGGGUGCGAGUUGGUAUUUGGGGGGGGGGGGGAUAUAUCAGAAUUCCUCUUUGUCCUUCUCUGUGAAAUGUCAACACAACAUGGCAGCUGGACCCAGCGGGCUGUCAGCAGAUUGCACACACGAUGAAGAGGAUAUGGGUGAUAUUUCUGACGCUAUGUUAGCAAACAACAUGCAGUGGUCCCUAAUGCACAUGCACACACUCACACGCACGCACACACACACACACACACAUACACACACACAUACACACACAUACACGAGGCUCUGAAGCUCCUGUUUGUUCUGAGUGGGGCAGACCUGGCCUGUAAAGGCUCUGCUGUAUGGGGUUUCCCUAUCCCAGAGAACAGGGGCACUAACGGCACACUUCUUCAGACACCCUGAGGAUCGGCAGCUGCUGCAGUGAAUUAUGGGAUUAUGAGUUAUUUGGUUAUAAAAGAAAGGUUAUGUGAGAAGAGAUUAGGUCUGGUUUGUAUUUGCUGGCUUGGAUGCUGUCACAGUGGAUGUUUAGUUUGGUUUUUAAUGGUCCUGCUGUUAAUGACAUGUCAGGAGGUUUGGUCCCACCCACCAAAGCUGUUAUGUUCUGGUUCCACUAUGACAGCAUGGACCUGGUUUUGUUUCUGAAUGUUGAUAUAUUGAAUCUGCUUCUUUUCUAAGUCCAGGUUCAGAUCCCCGAGAGAUGGAACUCUUGUUGGUACCAUCGCUACGGCUCAUCAUUGUUAUUAAACACCUUGAACA